UGUUGGAAGGGGGUGUAUAUUGAACGAUACUGUCAGUACAAGUUUACAAACAAGUGUUAUUAACGUGAUUCGACCUUUGAAGUUACCGGUUAACUCGAGUGUUUCUCUGUGGGCACCUUCAAAAAUCAAGCAUGCGAAGUUCCAGUGACAAUACAAAGAGAACCGUCCGCGUCAUAGCCUGGUCUUGAGAUAUCCGUAAUUCUGAACGCGAACUGUUCAACGAUAAAGCACGACGAUUGACAGCGAUACGACAGGGGGAACAAUGUCGUGUUCAAGCCAGCUAUCUCGAUCGAACGAGUACCUCAGCUUUCGUAGCUCUGUCCCGCUGCGGAAAAUUGUCGUCGACGCCGAUGGCACCAAGGGAUGGAAAGUAUACGAUUCCAGUCCAAAAACCAUCAAGUGUCCACUAAUAUGUCUUCCACCGGUUAGCGGAACUGGCGAUGUUUUCUUUAAACAAAUAUUAGGCCUAGCAGCCAAGGGGUACAGAAUCAUAUCGGCCGAGCCGCCGGUUUAUUGGAACGUUAAAGAAUGGUGCGACGGAUUUAGGAAACUUCUGGACUACAUGGAACUGGAUAAGGUGCACAUUUUUGGCGCCUCAUUAGGUGGAUUUCUGGCACAGAAGUUUACAGAGGUGAACGCUCACUGCCCUAGAGUUGUGUCAUUGGUACUUUGCAACACGUUUGCGGACACAUCGGUGUUUAACUAUGACGAUUCCGCGGCAGUCUUUUGGAUUUUACCGUCGUUGGUGUUGAAGAAAAUGUUGAUGGGGAAUUUUAUGGCGGGCAAAGUUGACGGGGAGAUCGUAGAGGCUAUAGAUUUUAUGGUAGAAAGGUUGGAAAGCUUGACUCAGCCAGAAUUAGCAUCACGAUUGACGAUGAACUCCGUCAAUUGUUAUGUACAGCCUCAGAAGAUAUGCCAUAUACCUGUCACGAUCUUAGACGUCUUCGACGAGUACGCAUUAUCGAAUACCACGAGAGAGAACAUGUACAAGUGUUAUCCUAACGCUAAGUUGGCGCAUCUGAAAAGCGGCGGAAAUUUCCCGUACUUAAGUCGAGCUGCAGAAGUAAAUUUGCAUUUACAGAUUCAUUUGAGACAAUUCGAGGGUACGGAAUACGCUGCUUCCGAAAGAACCAAGUCAUAACGCCACUAGCAUGGACUAUCGGCACGCAUUCCUUCGCUUCUUCGAUCAUUGAGCAGUCCGACUUGCGCGUUAUCAGUAACGCAUGAUUAUAAUAGUAAU